AUGCAAGCUUCUACGCAAAGCAUACUUGAGCCAAGAAGUUCAACGUGGCACCUCAAAAAUAUACAAAAAAAGAACGUAUUACUCGUCCUAAGAACAAGAAGUACGAGCCAUAACCGAGGAAACUAUAUUUGCCGUGCGCAACAAGAAGAUUGUGACCUUUUAACUUCAGUUUCCAGCGCUAUUAGAGAGCGUUACGGCUCAGUCGAGACCAAGAGAGUAAUCGAAAGCUUGAAUUUUCUAGCCGCAGAUGAAGAAUAUUAUAGAGAUCAUGCUAACUUUGGCAUACAAAGAGCAUCCUCCUAUAUAUCCGGUCUCGAAGCACGCCCUUUCCAUGAUACCGAUAGCCCUGAUUUUCUUUGGAUGAAAAAACUUGAGAAAGAUUACGAAGUCAUACUGGGAGAGUUACAAGGAGCUGUGACUAAUACUGACAUAGAAAAACAAGGCAAUUACAUCUGGGCACCAGCAGCUAGAGAAGAGGCGAUUGCAUACGGACCAGACUGGCGUACGCUCGUGUUACAGGACCGCUGUGUAUGGGAUGUCACAAACUCGUCAUUAUUUCCGAGGACAACGGAACUAGUAAAAAGAUUCAAAGUUCCAUCAGUUGAAGUAUUUUUUGCACGUCAGUCACCGCAGACUGGCAUUGAACCUCACUCAGACAAUACUAACUUUAUAUUGACGUCUCAUUUGGGACUAGAUGUACCAGAAGGAGAAUGCUGGAUGCGUGUUGGGAAUGAGCAACAUUUUUGGAAAAAUGGUUCUGGAGUUAUUGCAGACACAAGUUUCAUCCACAGUACCAAAAAUUUAUCAGAGAAAACGGAUCGUUAUGUACUCAUCAUUCGAUUCUGGCAUCCAGGAUUAUCAAAGACAGAACGUAAUGCUCUAACUUUUUUAUUUGAUGCGAUUGAAGAUCCUACUAAAGAAGGUAUUAUCAAUGCCAAUAGACUUGCAGAUGAGCGUGAAAAUCAACCUAAACUUAAAGCAACAAGUUCAACGAGUCAAACGAAGAAAAAAAAAAAAAAAAAAGGUCUUGGAAUGUUGAAUAAAGGAAUGAGCUAG